AUGGAAAAGAAAGGGAGAAAGAAGAACCCAGAUGACAAGGUUCAUUCUGGUAACAAACGGGGGAGGAAGAAAAAGGAGAGUUUAUCGGAGGAGGUGGAAAAAAUGGACGGGAACGAUGAGGCGAAGGAGACAGAUCAAGCUGGAGAGGCCAAUCAGACAAUCCCGACAGAGGCCACCAAUGUAACCUCUUUAACGGACGAACGACGCCUUAUCCCGAGGGGCGCGGGCAGAGGGAGGGGCAGGGUUUGCCCAUAUCUGCGUACCAUCAACAGAAACUUAUUGGACUUUGAUUUCGAAAAGUUGUGCAGCAUCAGCAUGUCCAACCUUCACGUAUACGCAUGCCUAGUUUGUGGGGUUUACUUCCAAGGAAUAGGAAAAGGAACACACGCAUACACACAUGCACUGGAAAAAAACCAUUACGUCUUCAUCAAUUUGGAAACAUGCAAAACUUGUUGCCUUCCAGAAAAUUACGAAAUAGAAGAUGCAUCUCUAAAUGAUAUAAAAUAUUUUCUAAAACCCACGUAUAGUAGAGAUCAAGUAGAAUACAUUUGUCGUAAUUCUAUUUUGGGAAAAUCGCUAGACGGAGCAGAUUUCUUUCCUGGAUUUGUAGGACUCAAUAAUUUAAAACAUACUGACUACUGCAAUGUUAUUAUUCAGCUUGUGUGUAGUAUUAUUCCAUUAAGGAACUUUUUUUUAGUAUUCGAAAAUAAGAAAUAUGUCAGCAAAAAUAUCGUUUCCUCUUUAUCAGAAUUGAUUAAAAAAAUUUUUAACCCUCGAAAUUUCAAGGGCGUUGUUUCUCCACAUGAGUUCCUACAAACAGUGGGUAUUGAAUCCAAGAAAACCUUCAAAAUUGGAUCUAAAAAUGAUCCGCUAGAUUUUUUCCUCUGGCUAAUUAGUAAAAUACAUAGGUAUCAAGAGAGGGCGCUGCGGAAGGGUACUAAAAGUAUGAUGGGGAAGAAGAGGAAAAUUAGUAAAAGUGGAGAAAAGGAUAAAAGGGCGGAUGGUCAAUCGGGCGAACAAAAUAAAAGACAGGAAGAGGAUGAAGAAGAUGAAGAGGUGGACGAUGAAGAAGGCAAAAUUCAACCUGGACACCACCUCUCGCAGUUGAAUGCUAUGUUGUCUUCCUCCAGCGAGUCAUACAUGUCGGAAGAAGCUGUCCCUGGUAUAGAUUUACCAACGAAAAGGAAAAAGAAAAAAAAAAAAAAAAAAUGGAAGUACGACAAGGUAAACAUUAUCGACUAUUGCUUUGAUGGGGAAUUAAUUAUCAAAACGAAAAAAAAAAAAAAAAAAAAAAGUUCCGAAGGAGAUGAAAAUAUGAGCAGUACGCAUAAUACAAAAAAGAGAGAAAAGAAUGAUACGUACCAUGAACGGAAUGCACGUGAAGAUGGCAAAUUUUCUAACCACUUGAAUAAUGAAGGAGGAGUGGAGAAUGACAUGAGCAAUUCGGACGAGGAUGAUACAGACUUGCAGGAUGGAGAAGAAUUGAACGAAGAAAAAAAUUACGUAACAGAAAAAAUUCCAUUUCGAACACUUUCCUUGAAGUUGCCCAACCCACCCAUUUUUAAAAGCACAACAGAAAGUAACAUCAUACCACAGGUAUCCAUUUUCGAGCUCUUGACAAAAUUUGAUGGAGAAACGGAAUCCUUUUUAAAUGAGAAAUCGGAGCCAAGCACUUUAAUCCUUUCCAAGUUACCUAAAUAUUUAGUGUUUACCAUUAAGAGGUUUUCUAAAAAUAAUUUUUUUGUCGAAAAAAAUGGCACCAUUGUUAAUUUUGUCAUAAAAAACUUAGACAUGAAGGAUUAUAUACAUGAAGAUUAUCUGGAGAAAAAUCCUGUGACCAAGUAUAACUUAAUUGCUAAUAUUUUUCACAGUGGCUCCGUUAACAAUGGCACCUACAAAAUCCAUGUCCUCAACCAGGCGUCCAAUGAGUGGUAUGAAAUGGAGGAUCUGCACGUGAUUACCGUUUUGCCGCAGCUAGUUCUCCUACCCGAGUCUUGUGUGCAGUUGUAUCAGCGCCAAGAUGUGCAACUCAACGGGGAGGUCCCCUAA